AUGUUUACUAUGAAUGGAUCCGAAAUUGGACCAACAUCGUCUGCUGUGGCCGAAAGAAAUUCGAGUUUUUUUACCCUAAACUUAGCCUUCAAAUCUAUAGGUAUUGUAUUUGGAGAUAUUGGUACUGCACCCUUAAUUGUGUUCACUGCAAUCUUCCCGAAUCCACCUACUGACUCUCGAGAUGUUUAUGUACUCCAAGCAGAUGAUAAUGGAGAGGGCGGCACUUUUGCUUUAUAUUCAUUAUUAAGUCGGCAUUCCGGCCUGUCUGUGCGCAGAAAUGUGAAUUCUGAUGAUGAUUUGACUCUAAAAUAUGAUAGUAUACCUGCUAAUGACUUUCAAGAAAAUCCGAACUUUAUUAAGCGUAGUAGUGCUGUACAAACUAUUUUAUUUGGUGUGGUCAUCUUUGGCUCUUCUUUAGUAAUUAGUGAUGGCAUCCUAACACCUGCCAUAUCUGUAAUUUCCGCCGUUGAGGGUAUUGCCGUCCCUAUGCCAGGUUUAACACCUACUAUUGUUCCUAUCAGCUGUUUUAUUAUCGUUGUAUUAUUUCUAUCGCAACGCUUUGGCACAGACAAAGUUGGGAGCUUAUAUGCUCCUGGCGUUUCCUUGUGGUUUAUCGCUAUCACUACCAUUGGCAUUUGGAACAUUUCUCAACAUCCUGAAAUUUUUAAAGCUUACAAUCCAUAUUAUGCUUUUGAUUAUUUUGCUAGAAAAAAAGAAGCCGGGCUUAUUGAUCUCGGUGGAAUUUUUUUUGUCGUCACUGGCGCUGAAGCAUUGUUUGCAGAUUUAGGACAUUUUGAUAAAAGAGCCAUUCAAAUCUCUUUUCCAUUUGGUGUUUAUAUUCCUUUGGUUUUAGUAUAUACAGGCCAAGCUGCACGUUUGGUUUUAGAUCCCACCAUAGUUUCCAAUACCUUUUGGUUAACUACACCCUCUACACCUGUUAUUUAUUGGAUUGUAUUUAUUUUAGCCGUAUUAGCUACUAUAAUUUCAUCUCAAGCUAUGAUUUCGG